GGCUUGAAGUCUUCGAGGUCUUCGACACAGUUGUGGCCUCACCAGUGGAAGGGAUGUGGAAAGACCAGGGGGAGUGAAUAAUUGAUGUUUGGGACACUUUAUUGGCAACCAAAAGAAUUCAAAGAGUUUGUUGAGCUGAACCGUGAUACUCGCAUAAAGCCAUGUUGGCUUGUCAGAAUUAGCUCCAUAUCUCCCCAUGGAUAUUGUAUGCUUCCACAUGGUGAGCUUGCCCAUCAUCUCUUGAAAAAGAGGGUGAAGUUCCAUCACACUACCUUUCGGUUGUUCCAGAAUCCACAUGCACCCCAAAGCAUGGGCCACCAUCAAGAUAACCAGCGUCCGGGCCAGCAAAAGAUUGCCCAGAGCAACACUGGGAUAUGACUCUUCUCCCAGUGGUCUUGAAGCGCUCCGCUUUGUCGUUCCAUGCGACCUCAGACUGAGACACAGACCAUUGAAGAGACAGAGAGGUGAACAGGCAGCGUUUGCAAAAUCCCUUGGCCCUGGUUGCUUAUAUAUCACGUGGACCUUUCAUGGGAAGUUGAUGAACACCAACCCUUGUUUUUUCCAACAGGAUUCUUCCCAUAGUUUCCUGAACGCAUAAAAGCAAGAUGCAUAAAGACGAAUGAAGAGCAAACUGGAGCCGCCAGCCACCCCGAGCCGGGUGAUAGUCUGCAGGUGUGGUAAAGAGCAGCAACAAAUCCCGCGUUGGUGGUCAAGUCCAUUACCUCGCCCCCAAUUUCCACAUCCAUCGCAAUUGCCUUGCGCCCCUCCUGCGCCAGCUUGAACAGAUAUUGGGGAGCGACAUUUUUCCAUUUCCAAAAGCUUCCCAAACCAAUACAAAAGGGUGCCAAACAACAAUUGCCUUUUAGGUCCCUUGGUCUUUCUUCGGGUUGUGGGAAAGCAUUUUGGAACGCCAAAGACACUCAAAUCUACCAAAGUGUUUUUUUGGAAACGCGAGCGCGUCCUUCAGCUCUGACCACGUGACCGCACAUUGUCCAGCAAACAGCUCCACGUGCUGAAGCUUGGAAAACUCCAGGAAGGGCAGGCCGAACACCAUGUUCACCAACACCGCUACAAUCUCGGUAGCCCAUGGACAUGUGAUGGUAAAACUUGCCCCAAUGAAAAGAGAGCCCUUUCAACAAAAGUUUCAUAAUCAUUGGGAAACAUGUGAUACAGGCAUCUCGCACCUUCAUAUAGGUUCUGGAAAUUUGACGCCUGUCAAUCUGACCCCCACAAGUCCUGUUUGAACCUUGAAACUAGUGGAGUUAGAGUAGGACUUGUGAGGGUCAGAUUUAUAGAGGCCUGUCGACUUUUUUUGUCAUUAUGCCGAGGGUCCGCUGGAGCACGAAGCAUUCUCAGGCCCGCGAUGAUGGACUGCCGCUUCACCUCGCGGUAGUUCAUUUGCUCACCAGCCACAUCUGGUGUUUGCCGUCUUGAGAGCCUGUAGACACUCUUCUGUGCUGGAACUCGUGGUUUUGCCCAUCUUGAAACCUCUACAAAGAAGGACACUAGGCUUGUUCAACAGGCUUGAGAUUGGAGCAGGCUAUAGGCCCACACAUGGAAAUCGACUGAAGGGGUUGGGGAAUCUAAACACCAUCAAAAGUUCGUACACAUGUUACGCAUGGAACUUGAAGACGUUUGACUGAGUUAUAUAUAGGUCAUUCUUUUCGGAUGAUCCUGGGCGGCAAUACAUCCAAAUCUUUCUAUAUGAGCUCUAAAGAGAUGCUUUGCAUCCACUGCGUAGCGCAUUGCCAUCAAUGCUGCAGCCCCCCCCUCAGGCCGAGCGUUCACUGGCAAGGACUCCAAGCUGUAUCCAUGGUACUCCGAGG